AUGUUCGGCGUCGUGUUCCCAAAUCGUAGUUUCCCGAUGGACAUAUCUACUUUUACCCAAAUCGACACCUUCCACUGGCUCCUAGACAUGAACACAUUCGUUGGUGAGGCGUAUGAUUCAAUCCGCGAAGUCUGCAUCUUUCUUCUCAAUAAUUUCACUCUUCCACCUGACAAAGCCCUAGCUGUGUACAUCCAAUCGCCUGGGUCCCCAUUCCAAUUCGUCGGCGCAGUAACCCUAGCCCGCCCUUCCGCCGUCCUCUCCCUUCCCUGGCCUGAUCCAGGCGGCGAAGGACUUCACAAACAGCUCACCGCCCCCGACGCCGCCCCUCUCUCAGCCAAAAUCGGAGUUUCCGUUGAAGACCUGGCCUCUCUCCCAUCACUUGAUGUGGCAGCGGAGAAAAGGAUUGAGCGGCUGGCUAUGAAGGUUGGGGAAAAUUUGUUUAAUUUUAUGCAAUCGUUUUGUGGAGUUGAUGGGAGCAAAUUGGUGGUGCCAAUGGAUAUAUUGGAUCGGUGGUUUAAAAAGUUUCAAGAACGGGCGAAACGAGAUCCUGAGUACUUGAAGGGAUUUGCUUUGUAGUGUGAAUUAAGGUACACUGCCUUUAUUUUUAUUUUUUUGUCAAACAAGUUUGUAUUUUGCAUUCAAAGUGUUCGAUCAAAUGUCUGUGACAUAAAAGCUUGAGUUUUAGUGGCAGUCUAAUUUAAUUUGUGAGCAAUCUUCUUCUCCAAACAUAAUAUUUCAAUGUAUUACUUGAACAUGUGAUGAUUCUCAAGAACAAAAUGGGCACAAAAAUCAUCUUUUUAAGUUGCAAAUUGGAUUGUAUAACCUUUUGAGACA